ACACACACACACACACACAAGUGCCAAGGAAAAUCCCUCUGCAAACUGUGGGCUGGGGAAAUCCUCCACUGCUGCCAACAGGAGAAUUUGUCUCAAUGCAAAUUCCAGCUUCAGGAUAAGGAUUCCGUUUCAUGGGAAGCCACUGAAAGAAAACAAAAGAGAACAAGAGUUUUUAGCCAGGAAUCAGUUUAGAGUGUGCCCUUGUCGGGGGGCGGAGGGGCUUGAAAACUGCCCCACAGAAAGCCAGGCUGCAUGGCUAGCGAACAGAAGGAGCAUUUGAGUGAGGCCAUUUACAUGCCAAACAAAUUCUGAAUGCCAAGCGGGCCAAAAGACAAGCCAGAAGAGGGGAGGCUGCAGCAGCAACAGCAACUCGUAAAUGGCACACAUAGGGAAGGAGAAAGGCGAUUUGGGCCAGGGCAGCAAGAAAUAAGGGCAACCCGUGCCACCUGCCUUGUUGUUCUUGACCUCUACUUAUGAGAUCCUAUGAAUAAGAGGCCUCCAAGUCAGGCCUGCUCAGGUAUUACGGAGUCAGGGCCGAGGAUUCCUUGAUGGAGUCUAUCCACAUGGAGUAUGGACUCUCUUUUUGCAUCCCUUGUCAGGAUGUGCAAGUCAGCACAGUAAAUUGUGACUGGAUGAAGGUGUAGCCAAUGACAGGUGUAACCAGAAUAAGGGACUGGCCGAGGGGAGAGUUUAAGGCAGCUGGGUUGGGAGUGCGAGAGCAGCUGCUUUCCCUGCGCCACUGGCUGGACACCUUGGAGGAGAGGCUGCCGGGCCAGCGAGAGCGAGACUCUGCCACAGAGGUGACCACUGCCUUCCUUGGACCCUCGUGGAGCAGCGACCAGGCCGCCCAGCAGGAGACCCUGGGGAAGCUGCUCACUUGGGUCAGAGAAAUGGAGGACCUGAUGGCCAACCAGAAACCACCCUCCUCCGAGGCCAAGGUGGCAAAAGCCCAGCUGCAGGAGCAAAAGCUUUUAAGGCGGCUGCUAGAGGAGCGCCGGUCCCUCGUGGAGCGCCUUCUGCAGGAGAAGCCACAGGUGCCGCCCGAACCUGCCAGCAGCAUGACAGAAGGCUGGGAACGGAGCAGAGUCCUCUCCAGCCUCCAGGAGAAGUGGACCUCGCUGACCCAGGAGGCUGAGGCCAGGCACAACUCCCUGGAACAGAUCCUUCCGGCCGCUCACGCCUUCCAGGGGUCAGUGGACUCUUUCCAGGACUGGCUUGGCCUCACAGAGAGGGAGCUGGCUCAGCUCUGGAGAGCCAACGGGAGCCUCAGCCUCGCCCAGGAGGCCUGCCGGCAGGUCCAGGAUCUGUGUGAGGAAAUACGCUCCAAGGCAGCUGAGCUGGACCGGGCCCUGGAAGAUGGAGAGCGCCUUCUGGAGAUGGUCUCAGGGGAGGAAGCCCACCUCGUCCAGGAGAAGAUGGACUCCCUGCGGAUGCGUUUCCUGAUUGUGAGCCAGAACAGUGCCGACAUCCUGCAGCGCCUGGAGCAGACCUUGGAGGCCUCAUCGCGGCUGGAGCCUGCCCAGGAGGAUCUGGCCCUCUGGCUGGCCCGCAUGGAGAAGGAGCUCUCCUCUCAGGGCUGCCCACAGGGAGACAAGCCCAGCCCUAUCUCCCUGGCAGACAGAGAGAAGCUUGAAGCAGCUCUGCGAUCAGAAUUGGACCAGACUUCCCACCUCAGCACCCAGCUGGAUGCGCUGGGCCAAGUGCGCCUGGAGGCCCAUGCCAUCCGCUUGCAGCUUGAGGACCAGAAGCUGGUUUCGGCAGAGAUCAUGCACCACCAGGGCCUUGUGGAACGGCUUGUGCCCAUCGCCAGCCUGAUGCUCAGCUUCUGUCCUCCAGAUGUGCAGCAGCAGCUACAGCAUCUAGUUCAGCCUCUGCAGGAGCGCAUGGAGCACCUCAUGCGUCGGAACUCAGCUUGCACCGUGCCGCUGGAGCAGGCCCAGUUGCUGCUGGCCCAGUAUGCAGAGGCCCAUGAGGAGCUCUCCCUGUGGCUAGAGGAGAUGCAGUGCAUGGUGGAGCAGUUCUCCCCAGAGAGCCUCAGCUGUGAAGCUUUCAAGGAACAGCAGGAGGUGCUGCAGGGUCUUCGGGAGGCCAUUGCAGAGCACAAGCCCCUGAUGGCAAAACUCCAGCGGGUCUCUGGGCAGCUAGCAAUGCUCAACCCCCAGGAGGCAACCUCCUUCCUGCAGGGCUGGCAGGCAGCGGAAGACCAGUAUGGCCGCAUCCGGGAGCGUGUCCGGCAGGCUGCAGCGGUGCUGGAGGAGGCCAUACCCCGAUACAGCCAGCUGUCUGAGCGGAUGGCGCUGAUGGUGGAGUGCUUGGAGAGGCUACGGGGUCGCAUGCAGCCCCAACCUGCUGUGAGAGGAGACACGGCCUGGCUCCGGGAGCAGCUCCGGGAGAACGGCCUCCAGCUGGCGGAACUGGAGAAGCUGGGAGUGGCGCUGGAGACCCUGCGUGGCCAAGGGGCUGAGCUACUGGCCACCAUGCAGACAAGUGCAAAUGAAGAGAUCCGGGGCCACGUGGAGCAGCUGCUGAGCCAGUGGCAGGAGAUGUGGGCCCAGGGAGAGGAACGGGAGCACUGGCUCCGGGACCUCCUGGCGCUGGCGGACCGGUUCUGGCACGGCCUCGCGGAUCUUGCUGUCACCCUCAGCGACACCCAGCAGGCGGUGCUGGAGGAGCAUGAGGAGGCCGUCUACGACCCAGUGGCUGUCCAGGCCAGGCUCGAGACCAUGCAGGUCCUGCGUGAGGAGAUUGACGCUGUGCAGAGUGAACUUGACUCCUUAGGCUCUCUAGGUGUAGAACUGAUGGCGUCAUGUGGAGACUUAGAGAAGCCGGAUGUCACCAAGAGCCUGGAUGAUCUCUACUUGUGUUGGCACAGCGUGAGCAAGGUAUGGACGGAGCGGCAGACAUGGCUGGAGGAGCAGCUGAAGGCCUCCCUGGUGUACCAGGAGGCCCUGGAGAGGCACUUGGGCUGGUUGGAGAAAGCAGAGCUGCAGAUGGCAGAGGAGUUCCUAGUUGCAGGGGAGCCGGAGCUGGUGAAGCAGCAGCUUGUGGAGCUGAAAGACUUCAAGAGGGAGCUGUACCAGCGCAAGGUGGAGGUGGAGAGCCUACGGCAGCAGGGAAGCCCCCGGGGGGCUGACCAGAAGGAAUCCCCCAAAGCUCUCUGCAGCUUCCGCGACCGCUGGAUCCGGCUGGAGGAAGAGACUGUGGGACGGCAGCAUCAGCUGGAAGCUGCCCUCCUGGGUCUGGGUCAGUUUCAGAACCAGCUGGAGGAGCUGCUGCAGUGGCUUCUGCACACUAUGGAGCAGCUGGCAGCAGGGCCCACCAUCCUCUCUUUGGACCUGCAGAGCUGUGAGAUUGAGCUGGCAAAGCACAAGGUGCUCCGGAACGACGUCUUGUCCCACGCCCGCACGGUUCAGUCUGUCCAGGAGGCCGGCCAGAGCCUGCUGCUCUCCAGUAGGGCAGAGGCAGAGGGGGGGCUCCAGAGCCGGCUCCAGCAGCUGAGCCAACGCUGGGACCUGGUGCUGCAUGAGAUUGAGAGCCACCAGCAGCAGCUGGAGAGCAACCUCAGCCAGGUACAGGAAAUUACCUUGGAAGUCACAGAGCUGCUUCAGUGGCUGGAGCAUGUGGAACUGCAGCUCUUCUUCUCCAAGCCCACCUGGGACCAGCCAGAAGCCACCAAGGACAAGCUGGCUGCCCACUUGGAACUCUGCAAAGAGAUGGAUUCCAAGCAACAAACCUAUAACAGGGUGCGCAAGGAAGGGCAACGCCUGCUAGCCACUAGCCUCUGUCCCCGGGCCUCCAGCACUGAGCACAGCCUGAGCAUCCUGGAACAGAAAUGGGGGAGUGUGGCCAGCCAGCUGCAGGAGAAGAAGGAGCAGCUCAGCGAAGGCCUGACAGUGACCAGAGAGUUCCAUUCCACCAUCCAGGAGCUGCUGACAUGGGUUGGAGGCAUGGAGGAGACCCUGGGCACUCUGCCCGCACCCAGCUACAUCCUGGACACUGUCACCAACCAGAUCCAGGAGCACAAGACGCUGGCCACAGACACCCGCGCCCAGAGUGAGAAGCUGGCAGACCUGGAGGUGAUGGCCGUUCGCGUGAAGGACUUCAGCCAGAAGCAGGACUGCAGCGUCAUCCAGAGCCUGAUGCUGAGCACCAAGGAGCGGCUGGCCAGAGUGCUCCAGCAAGUGAGCGAACGGGGAGGGCUACUGGAAGAGGCCCGCCAGCGUGCCAGGCAGUUCAGUGAAUCCUGGCAGCUCCUCCUGGACUGGCUGAAUGAGAUGGACCUGGCACCGGGACUCCUCAGUGACGUUGCCCUUGACCAAGAGAGGAUCAAGGCCCUUCUGGGGGAGCACAAGGAGUUCCAGAAGGGGCUGCGCAGCAAGCGCCCAAUGUACGAGGCCACCCUGCGCAGCGGGCGCCUCCUCCGUGAGAAGGCCCUGCUGCCCGAAGAUGCCCAGCUACUGGAGGAAAUGCUGGGGGAGCUGAAGGAACGCUGGGAGGCCGUCUGUGUCUGGGCUGCCGAGAGGCAGCACAAGCUGGAAGAUAACCUGCUCUUCUCUGGCCGUUUCACGGACGCCCUGCAGACCCUCAUGGAUUGGCUGUACCAGGUGGAGCCGCAGCUGGCCGGGGAGACUCCUGUGGCUGGGGACAGGGACCUGGUCAGCGCCCUCAUGGACAAGCAUAAGGUGUUUCAAAGGGAGCUGGGCCAGCGGGCCAGCUGCAUCAAGGCUCUCCAGCGCUCCAUGCGGGACCUGACCCGGGGGAGUAGCACGGAGGACUGGCUGUGGCUGCAGAGCCAGGUGGAAGAGCUGGGCCUCCGCUGGGAACUCAUCUGCCAACUCUCUGUCUGCAAGCAGGGCCGGCUGGAGGCUGCCCUUAGGCAGGCAGAGGAGUUCCAUACACUGGCACACUCCUUCCUGGGCCGCCUGUCGGAGCUGGAGAAAUCCAUCAAGUACGGGGCUCUUCCGGAGGAGGAGGAGGCUGUCCAGGAGUGCCAGAGGCAGCUGAAGGAGCUGAGGCAGAGCCUACAGUGCCAGCAGCUGGAGCUGGAAUGCAUCACUUCCCUGGGGGAGGAGAUCCUGAGCACCUGCCACCCAGAUGCCAUCAUCCCCAUCAAGUCCUGGCUCACCGUCACCAAGACCCGCUUCCAGGAGGUGCUUGGCUGGGCCCAGCAGCAGGAGGAGCGGCUCCAGGCCCAAGCGACUGCCCUGGCUGCCGAGAGGGAGGAGGUGGCGCGGUUGGUGGAGUGGAUCGUGGCCGCAGAGGAAGCCCUGCAUGUCUGGGACCAGGAGCCCCUGCCGGAGGGAGAGGCGGCAGCGGAGCGCCUGGAGGAGCUGAGCCAACAGCAUGCGGUGUUCAUGGAGGAGCUGAACCGUAAGGAGCCGGACGUGGAGAAGGUCACCAAGACCUGCAAGCACAAAAUGCCUUCGGAACUGGGGGCGGCACCUGCCCCCCGCAAGCUGUCUUCCCGGCGACGUGUUGCCAGCACACUCUGCUCCAGGGCCCCGGCUAUGCCGCCUGAGGAUCUGGGACCCCAGAGGCCCCUUCUGGCCCAGUUGUUCCACCGCUGGCAGCAGCUCUGGCUCUUGGCCCUCGACAGGCAGUACCGGCUCCAGAACGCCCAGCAGCACCUGCGAGAGCUAGAGGAGUUCUCCCGCUUUGACUUUGCCGUGUGGCGGAAGCGUUACAUGCAGUGGAUCAGCCACCUGAAGUCGCGAGUCCUGGACAUCUUCCGGGGCAUCGACAGGGACCAAGAUGGGCGCAUCACCCAGCAGGAGUUCAUUGAGAGCGUCCUCUCCUCCAAGUUCCCCACCAAUGCACUGGAGAUGAAUGCUGUGGCCAAAAUCUUUGACAUGAACAGGGAUGGCUUCAUUGACUACUAUGAGUUUGUCAGUGCUCUGCACCCCAGCCGGGACAUGCUGCACAGGGCGGCUGACGCGGAUCAGAUCCAGGACGAGGUGAACCGGCAGGUGGCCCAGUGCAGCUGUGCCAAGCGCUUCCAGGUGGAGCAGAUCAGUGCCAACCGUUACAGAUUUGGGGAGUCCCAGCAGCUACGCAUGGUCCGCAUUCUGCGCAGCACCCUGAUGGUGCGGGUGGGUGGAGGCUGGAUUGCGCUGGACGAGUUCCUGGUGAAGAAUGACCCCUGCAGAGUGAAGGGGAGGACGAACGUGAAGAUCAAUGAGAAAUACCUCUCCGCUGACCCCCGGGGGGGCAAAGGGUCCAGCAGCUUGUCCGCCCCCACCUCCAAGGCCCUCUCGCCCAGUUGCUCCAGCUCCAGCCUCAGCCUCUACAGCAGCGUCUCUGCCCCCAGCAGCCCCCUCAACAGGAAGUCCGUCCUGCGCAGAACGCGCUCCGGGGACCGGUGCCUCCACUCCCACUCUUCAGUGGUGGAAGAUGGUGCUGAGCUGACUGUUGCUGGCACAGCGCCGGAGGAAGAAGCCCCUGAGGUGGAGGCUGAGCCUCCAGAUCCUCCUGGAGAUCCUCCACCCUGAGGAAGGAUGAAGCCACUGUCUCCAAGCAAGAGAGGGGCCUUCCGUCCUGAGGGCUGACCUGCCAAGCAGCCUGGAGCUCUUGGGUGGGACCCCCAGCCCUUCCUCACACAGGGCCCCUGGCAGGACAGAGGGAGGCAGGAGCGGGGCUUAGAAACCCAGGCGGCUCACUCCUCUGGGGGUGUCAAAGGGCCCCCCAGAUACUGUCCCUGCGGCCCCUUGGGAGCUGAGCAGGUGCUUCGCCAGUUGUACACCCCCCACACCCUUGUGCCCCCGCUCCCUGCCCUGCCUGGCUGCCCUCCUGCCACCCUCCACAUUUGCCACCUUCUGUGAAAUUGUAGAGGCACUGUGAGCCACCCAUGCGCUCAGCCCUCUGCUCCUGGCCACUUGCUCUCCCUGGCAUCUGCUUGGCCAGCUAGUUCACCCAGGGUGGCCUUCUGUUUGAGUCUUUAGAGUGUUGGCAUUUCUCUAGAGGCAGGGACCCCCUCCCCAGCUCUCCCCACAGAUGGCCAUGGGGUGGGAGGCUGCUCCUUAUCCAGAUGCCAGGCCGCAUGGGUUGGAGGGUGUGCUUACCUGGGCCCAGCCUCCCUCUUCUCCUGGCACACCCUCGCAACUCUUCUGCUGCCUCAUCCCCCCACCAAACCCCCAUGGGUCAGGCAGGAUGACCGGAGGAGCUCUCUCCCAGUUGUGGCUGUGCUGCCCCACAAGGAACAAUAAAGACUGCCCGGGUUUCUACA